AACAAAUGUAGGUGUCUUUGUCCAACGAUGGCGUAUAAGAAAAUGUGUUCAUGAAAUCUUUGGAUCCCAGCCAAGAGCCAAGAAUACAAUCAAGAGAAGACGUUAUCAAGUGCGAGCUCCGUUGUCUAUGGUACAUUUGGACACUCAUCAUAAACUCAUUAGAUGGAGGUUUGUUGUUGUUGGAGCAGUUGACGGGUUUUCUCGAAAAAUAUUUUGUAUGAAGUUAGACACCAAUAAUAAAGCUAAAACGGUCUUGAAGCAUUUUCUAACCGGUGUCAAAGAACUUGGUCUGCCAUCACGAGUAAGAACUGACAAAGGAAAGGAGAAUGUUGGUGUUGCUCAUUUGAUGUUCCUUACAAGGGGUGGUAAUCGGGCCAGUUUCAUCAGCGGUCGGUCAGUUCACAACACCAGAAUUGAACGAAUAUGGAGGGAAGUGUUACGUGUUGCCCUAUCCCCUUUCAGAGAAUUGUUCUAUCUUAUGGAAGGUGAAGGAAUCCUGGACGUUUCGAACAACAUGGACAUAUUUUCACUACAUUUCGUUUUCCGAUCCCUGAUUGAAAAAUCUUUAGAUGAAUUCUGUGCUAUGUGGGACUCCCACAAACUCCGCACCGAGGGUUUAUCUCCCAUUCAACUAUUCACUUUAGGAAUAGAAGAAUUGAAAAGACGAUCCUUGGUAGACGGGAAAAGCUAUACAGAAUUGCAGCAAUUUGAUGUCGACAUGCAACUUGUAAAUACCAUACAAAAUCAUUGCAUCAGAGGAGUUCGUGGUGUCAAAGUGCCUGAUAUUGUCUGUCCAUCUGAAGAUACCUUGGCGGAAUUGAGAAACCAUUUCCCAAUCACUAAAAUUACAUUUGAAAAUUCCGUAGAAACGUACCUUUCCUUCCGCUAUGUACUGAACGCAAUGAGUAACGUUUAGACGUUAUGUAUGGUACUGUUCUCAUAAUAUACGGGAAAUCGAUGAAAAA